AGCCCAGGUCCUGCGAAGCCCGUGUUAGCCCACCUAACAGGACCCGAAGUUAUUACUGGGUCUGUAUUUAAAAGAGGUGUAACCCACAUGACAGGACCCGACAUUCAUAGCAGACCUGCACAUGAGGGGCGUGUUAAGUUAGAUGCAAAACUUGUGUCGAUUACACAUACAGUAUUUUCAAUAGACUCUGUUCUUGUUCCGGGGAAGAGUGUCUUCUGUUGUUGGAGAGAGAUGCAUAAGCAAUCUUUAAUGGUGGAUGCUUGGAUGAGGGAAGCUCAGGAGGCAUUAAAGUUGGUGGAAGAUGUAGAAACAAGGGUCAAGAACAAAAACCCACAUCCAGAACAACAACGAGAAGAAAACUUACGCCUGACGGAGAUUGCUCGAUCUAAGCUUUUUGAAGUUGGGGUCAAGAUUGAUCGACUUGAAUCUCUCCUCCACAACCCCCCCUCCAAACCCAUCUUAACUAAUGAAGAUUUGGAAUAUCGGUGGAAGAUGAUAUCAGAUAUCCAGCUAAGAACAAGAGUACUGGCUCUAAGUCUUUACGCAAUACCAUCUCCAAACAGUAGCUCUACUAAGAGCAGCUUCAUAUGCUCAAUACAUGCAUCAUGCAUCUUUACUCCUUCCUUGAUCUUUGAACUCCCAUUGUUAAUUUUUAGUACAAGUAGAGGGAUGUAUGACUUAUACCAGGAUGUCAAGUCAUGUCCAUAUGAGGAUGUCCAAGUCCUCGGGUCAAUACCGGUGGAGUCUCAUUCAUCCAUAGCUACAUCAGAACAUUGAAGCAUCUGGACUUCAAAAACCAUUUAAGAUUUGCAGCCGAAAAUGAAUGUUCUAUUAUGUAUAUAAACCAUAGCCCUUCUUUCUCUGUUUAGCACUCAUUAGAACAAAAGAUGCAAAAUAAUUAGCUGAAUCUUCUCCAUUAAGAUGGUCUUCGGUUGGCCAUAACAUGAAGGAAGUUGUGUUGUUAUUUAUUUCCAAAUGCUUUCAGUAAACACUUGAAUGAUGUACAUAUAUAUACUUCCCAAAUUCAGGUUCUACCAAUUAAUGUCUUCUCAACUG